AUGGGCAAACGCGUGUUCCUAAACAUCACCUACUUCGACUUUGGCUCCGGGACCUUCGAGAAAGGUCUCCCCUCCAACCUGACCGACACAACAGACCCCAGCUCCUUUCUCGAAGUGCAAGUAGACCUACAGGACCAGCCCAUCAGACCUUUCACCAACCCUGAUGUGUUCACCAGUGGGCUUUUUGUAUCUACGGCGGAGGUCAUGAGAGUCAGGUUCAAGACAGGAAGCAAUGUUAGUGGGAAGGGGUUUCAAGCUCAUUUUAAAACUGGUAAGUACUGUAACAUCUCCCAACUCCUCGAAAUCGAAGUGGAUCAGCCCUUCAGAGCUUCCACCAACCCUGAUGUGUUCACCAGUGGGCUGUUUCUGUUCACGGUGGAGCUGAUGAGGGUCAGGUUAAAGGCGGGAAGCAAUAUCAGUGGGAAGGGGUUUCAGGUUCAUUUUAUAACUGUGGACUAUUUGUGUACACAGGAUGUUCACGGUGGAGGUGAUGAGAGUCAGGUUCAAGACAAGAAGCAAUUGGGCGCAGUGAACGCGACACACACCCUAGAGCUCCUCCACGUCCGCUCCGGCGGCUGUCCGCGCCCAACUGGCCCCGCGCCCCGCCUUCCGCGCUUCACGCUGCGCACGCGACUGAUCGCGCCGCACGAUCACACGGUAUCUGUGGCUUUUGCGAAGACUACCCUCGCUAGCGGGGAGGAGCCGUGGCCUUGUGGGGAGGGGAAGGGGUGGAUAGAGGUGAAAGACAGCUACACAGACAACAACGGCACACAGUGGACGCUCUGCGAAGUGGACCGAGCGAAGCGGAGAACAGAGACGCCUCUCGUCAUCAACAGUUACUUACACUCGUUGACAGUUACUCAGUGCGCCGGGGAGAAUGGCGUUCAUAUGGACGUCGCUUUGUUAGUUAAUAAAGACCCUGAGUACCACAGUAAAAUUCUGCUGCUAUCCGAAGGCGAAGAUGCGAACAUUGAGUCCUGCUACCCGAACCCCUGUCUACACGACGGGUUCUGCGCUACUGAUGAUGCCAAGAACUUUUGUCAAUGCGCUGGAUACUACACAGGAAUGUUCUGCCUGCUAAACGCCUGCGAGCGCUCCCCCUGCGUCUUCGGAAACUGCACACUCUCAGAAGAUUCGUUCGUGUGCGCGUGCGCAAAGGGCUGGCGCGGGCGGCGCUGCGCGGAACGAGUUCGACCCUGCGCGGCCAAGCCGUGCAAUAAUAGGGGGGCGUGCAAUCGUAAGCCUCGGCGCCCGGAUGAUGCAGGAACCAUUCUGGCUGGGCCUCAUCGCGGUCUUCGUGGUCCUCGGGUCAUCGGGCUGGUCUGGUGCGCCAAGAGACACUUCCCGGAGAAGAUCGAGAAGCUUCUCGCUGAGGAGGCCGAUCGGUGCGCGAGACCGUCCCCCUCGCCGCGCAAGAAACGAAAUAACUCGACGCCAACGAAGAAAAAUGCAGCAGAAAAGAAGCAGAUCCUCCAACAGCUAAUAAGUCCAGCUACAGCGAAUGAGCAUUCUAAGAAGAUUAGCAUGGGGGAGCUGAUACAAAUGUCAGAGAAAAGAACACUGAGUACUGUUGAAAGCGCGCCGGCGUUUAUGGAAUUUAGUGAGAAUAAAGAGACUUCAUUCGCUAGUGAGGCUUCAACACCUUCUACUUCUCCGUCAACUAGGCACAUAUCGGAUCCGAAGUUAGAAAAGAAGGUCACAUUCGCUAGACUACUUAAUAGGGUAUCAGCAGAGAUGAGUUCGAGUUCAGAUGCAGAUAUGAUGAACACGAUAGCGAUUCCGAUGGCGGUGAUAGCGGACAGGGGGAGGGUGAAGGCAUCUAGUACGCCGCCAUCGCCGGGGAUGGAGGUCCGGUCGCCGCACAGCACGUCCAGCAACCAGGGGAGUGACUCCAUGUCCAGCUUGGAUCUAACGCUGGCACAUGCUGCUUUGAAGAAGUAUUCUAGAACCCCAAAGAUCUCCAGCGCGGAUUCCAUCCUCGCGAUGUUCCGCAACUUCUCCUCGUCCUCGGCCGCCAUCAUCUCGCGCGCGUCCUCCGGCGGGGCGUCGGCGUGCUCGACGCCGACAGCGUCGUCGCCGCAGGACGACACGGCGGACGCCGACGACGCGUCGCUCGCCUCGUCGCUCGUGCCCUCGCUCGCGCCCGACUCGCCCGUGCAGAGGCAGAACACUAUUGAGAUACAGGUCCUAGAUCCCCUAAGCGCUCACAAGUCCUCAGGCACCGGCAGCAAUCUCCUCCAUCCCCCUUCCAUCCUUCUAGAAGUACCUUCCACGAUAAACAAAUGCCUAUCGCCCAUCCGCGAACUGCCCACGCCUUUACCCACCCCGCUUCCAACGCCUUUGCCGACGCCGCUGCCGUCUCCAAGGUUACCGAAGAAGAUGGAGCUGGAUAAUAAUGAGAUCAGAUGUAUGUCGCCGAGUGAAGAUGAAGACGAGAUUCGGUUGGAGAAGCCGGAGAGACCGACGUCGGGGUUGAGAUUGAAGCUCCGGCAACCAGCCUUCAGCUGCGACACUCCCACCCCCUCCACCCACGUGACGGACUCGCCCAGCCCCAGCUUCACCCACAGCCAGGACUCGGAGCGGAGAUGUCCUCCCCCUCCCCCGCGCCGCCCGGCCUCCGCGUCCCCCUCCUCACCAUCGAGCGCCCCUCCCCCGGCUCGCCACCCCCCAGGCGGACACCGCCGCAUCUCGAGUUCCAACCUCCCCCCUUAAUAACAGUCACCUACAACGCCAGCGAGGAAUCUGACG